AUCUUCCAAGGCUUUCCCACAUAUCUGGCUCUGUCAACAACUCAUCCAUUUCUUCCUCUCCACCUGUCCCCCCACCGCCACCCCCACCCCCACCCCCACCCCCACCCCAUUCUUGAUUUCACUUCCAAAUUCUCAACAAUAUACCAACAAUCCCCUCAGCCAAGAAAAGGGUAUUUUCAGUCUUUUGCCAUUCUUGAUUUCACUUCCAAAUUCUCAACAAACCCCAAAAUCCUCUAAAACCAAGAAAAGGGUGUUUGCCAGUACUUUUUUUUGUACUUAGAUCUGACAAAAAAAUUCCAAUCGUUUUCAAUGUCUCAACAUCCAUUGAAAGCAGUAACACUUACCCAUGUUAGAUACCAAAAGGGUGAUCAAUUAGGCCAUUUCUUAGCAUGGGUGUCUUUAGUUCCUGUAUUCAUAAGUCUUGGUGGUUUCAGUUCUCACUUCAUUUUUCGUAGAGAGCUUCAAACCAUGUUCUUUGCUCUUGGGCUAUUGAUUUCUCAGUUUGUUAAUGAAGUCAUUAAGACAUCAGUACAACAAGCUAGGCCUGAAACUUGUGCACUUCUUGAAAUGUGUGAUUCACAUGGAUGGCCUUCUAGUCAUUCACAAUACAUGUUCUUUUUUGCUGUGUAUUUUACUUUGUUGACAUAUAGAAGGUUGGGGUUGAUUUGUAGGAAUCAGUUGAUAGUUGCAUAUCUUUUGGUUUGGCCUAUGGCGGUUUUGACGAUGUAUUCGAGGGUGUAUUUGGGUUAUCAUACAGUUGCUCAAGUGUUUGCGGGUGCUGGUUUGGGUGCUGUGCUUGGUUGGGGUUGGUUUUGGAUUGUUAACAAUGUGAUUAGUGGUUUGUUUCCUGUUAUUGAAGAGAGUGCUUUUGGGAGGUUCUUUUAUGUUAAGGAUACUUCUCAUAUUCCUAAUGUGUUGAGAUUUGAGUAUGAGAAUGCAAGGUCUGCGAGGAAGCAUCCGUCCUAUAAGCGUGCUGAUUGAUUGCUUGAUUACUCAUCGUUCGCUGAUAUCUCAGUAGAGUGAAACUUGAUGUUGAAACAGCUUGACCAGCUCGAAUUUGAUCGUUUGGAGGGUCACAAACUUCUUAGACGCUGUCUAUCUAUCGCUAUCGCUACUUACUUCAUUUAAGACAUCUUUCUAGUUUUAAAUCGACAUAUUUAUGUUAAAAAUGUUUGUAAAUGGAUCAAAAGUGAAAAGUUUAACAGGUAGUUUACAAGUUGUAGCCUACACCCUUUGCAAGUACUUUUGAGGAAAAAUUAGACAUUGUUUGGAUGAGCUGCCUUUUGUUACUGAUAUUUCAUCAUCAUUAAUAGUUGUUCC